AUGGAUGGCAUUCAAAAGGGUGAUGUGAUACGAAAAGAGGAAUAUCUCGUUGUACAAAAGGUUGACGGCGAGCAGAGUCGUGUGCUUCGUUUGGUGCCGAAACAAAAAGUGCUUAUCGAGAAGCUCAAGUUCAACGCGGACAGCGUAAUCGGCCAACGUUUUGGACUUUUUGAAGUGAUAAAUGGCGAUUGCCGACCGCUGCAUGCGGAUAGGCUCCGCGAGCAGGAUGAGCCAAUGAUUGAUGAUUCGCUGAGCACCGAAUCGAAGGAUGACGAGAAGCUGACGCCGAUUGCGCCGUCGGCGUUGAAGUUGGAGCCCGAGCAGAAGCGCCAGAAAAUGGAGCACGACGAGGUUUUGGAGUUGAAGAAGCUUGGCGCAACGGCAAAUGAAUUGGUCGCUAAAUUAGUUCAAGGAAGUGCUUCAUUUUCAACACGAACGACGUACUCGCAGAGCAAAUACAUUGGAAGGAAAUCGAAGAAGCAUUCGGAUCGCGUUCUCAUUCUUCGGCCAACAAUUCGGCUACUCGCAAAGUCAUAUUAUUUAAAAGAUGCCGAUCGUCUGGCAAUGCUCAGAAAUGAUCAAUUAGGUUUGAUCUUGCAAAUGGCUGGAAUUCAUUUCGGCAAGAAAGUUGUGGUUUUCGAGCAGACAUUGGGUCUCAUCACGUCGGCGGUGAUUGAAAGACUUGCGGGACGAGGAGGAUGUGUACAUAUUCAUAGGGGAGCAAUUGCUCAAUCCAUACCUUGUGUUCAUUCGAUGAAUUACACCGAAGAGAAAAUGUCGACAUUUUUGCCGGUUCGAAUCAAAUGCCUACUAGCCGGCAAACAGUUACCCUAUGACAAUCAUCGAAAGCCGAACGACGACGACGACGCGGAAUGUGCGGAUGACGAUAAGAAGAAUGACGACAUUGAGAACAGCGAAGAGGAUAGGAAAGACGACGUUGAGCCGAAGGAGGAUUCCGGCGACGUCGAGCAGAGCGCAACUCGGCGAGCACGGCGAAUGGAAAAUGAGAGGAAAGGACUCGAGAUCAUCGAGAAUGGAGCGCAAUCAUUGAUUAUUGCUAGUCGAACGAUAGACCCGAUUGAUGUUCUUGAACAUAUUUAUAGCAAACUCGCACCAUCAGCAACAAUUGUUAUUUAUUCGCCUCACAUGAAUAUUCUUGUGGAUUCUUAUGAAUGGCUAGUCAAUCAUGAUGCGAUUAAUAUUAACAUCACCGAUCAAAUGUGCAGAAUUAUGCAGGUACUUCCUGAUCGAACCCAUCCAUUGAUGGCUCAACAUGUCGUUGGUGGAAAUGUGUUGAGUGCCAUCAAAACUGAUGUCGCUGUUAAAUAG